AUGUCCUUCCCGCACUUUGGACACCCGUACGGCGGCGCUUCCCAGUUUCUGGUGUCUGCAAGUUCCAGCGCCACUUGCUGCGAAUCUGCCCCACGCUCGGUCUCAGAUGUGGCUUCCGGGUCCACCGCGGCGCCGGCUCUGUGCUGCGCACCCUACGAUAGCCGGCUGCUGGGCAGUGCGCGGCCAGAGCUGGGUGCUGCCUUGGGCAUCUAUGGAGCCCCCUACGCGGCCGCUGCAGCUGCCCAGAGCUACCCUGGCUACCUGUCCUAUGGCCCGGAGCCGCCCGCAUUGUAUGGGGCGCUGAAUCCACAGUAUGAAUUUAAGGAAGCUGCAGGGAGUUUUACACCCAGCCUGGCACAACCAGGAGCCUAUUAUUCCUAUGAGACCACUCUGGGGCAGUACCAAUAUGACCGGUAUGGCUCCGUGGAGUUGAGCGGGGCUGGGCGCCGGAAGAAUGCCACCCGAGAGACCACCAGCACGCUCAAGGCCUGGCUCAACGAGCACCGCAAGAACCCCUACCCCACCAAGGGUGAGAAGAUCAUGCUGGCCAUCAUCACCAAGAUGACCCUCACCCAGGUGUCCACCUGGUUCGCCAACGCGCGCCGGCGCCUCAAGAAGGAAAACAAGAUGACAUGGGCACCCAAGAACAAAGGCGGGGAGGAGAGGAAGGCGGAAGGCAGAGCAGAGGAAUCACCAGGCUGCCCCAACGGGGACACCAAAGACGUUAUUGCAAGCCAGGAGGCCCGGGGGCUCCCGCUGAGUGACCUAGAAGACCUGGAGGAAGAGGAGGAAGAGGAAGAAGCCGACGAAGAGGAGGGAGUAGCCACAGCUGCGGACAGGCUGGCGGAGUUCCAUAAGAGCGCACAGUCGCUGCCCGCGCCAUGCGCAGCAGCUCGAGAAGGCCGAAUGGAACGCAGAGAGUGCAGCCUGGCGGCGCCCCGCUUCUCCUUCAAUGAGCUCCCCGGAUCAGGAGAAGCUGACUUCCUCGCCCCCGAGACAGGGGGCCCCACGUUGACCAUGCACUACCCUUGCAGUCAGAAACCGCGCAUCUGGUCUCUGGCGCACACGGCGGCAGCCAGCAUUGUUGAAUGUGCACCCCCAAACCGGCCCAGACCGCGAAGUCCUGAGUGCCAUUUGAUUUGCGGACAGCCUCCAGGCUCCGCCGGGCGAGCUGCGAUCCCCAGAGACUCCGCGUGCGAUGAGUCUUCCCGCGGAGCCAAAGCCUUGGGAAACCCCACUUUUGCCCUGCAGGGGCUGCCGCUGAACUGUGUGCCCUGCCCGCGGCAGAGGGAGCCUGCAGUGCAGUGUCAGCAUCCGUCCGGAGCAGAAGGUAGUGGGCCCCCGACAGCGCUGGGAGUGUCUGUCCAAAAGAUGCCCACCACCACUCUGCCCAGUCGUUGCACUCCCUUUCUGCCUCUGCUGCGUGCCCAAGUGCAGACCUGUCACAAGAUUGUUCCACAAUACACUUUCAAACGGAAGCUUAGAGAUAAAAGUUCUAGUCCCCUCUCAUAUUAA